GGAACGGAGGAGGAGGUUCCAGGAGGAUGUGCUCCGUCACCGAGAGGAGCUCAGAUGACGCUGGUCUCUACAUUCAACAAGCCGUUGUAUUCAUUGAGGAUGCCGUCCACUACCGGUCCAUCAACCACCGGGUGGACGCCCGGUCUCUCCACCUGUAUCGAUGGUACUACUCCAGGAUAUGUCAGUGGUGCUUGGGGGUCAUCAUUGCAGUUGUGUUAUUGCUAGCAUUUGUGGAGCGUCCGUCCUCCCUGUCCAUCUCUUCAGACCCCCGCCACAGAUCUGUAGCCUGGGAGCCUCCCUGUGGCUUCACCGAGAGUAUUGAGAUAAUCUGCCUCAUCCUCUUCACGCUGGAUCUCGCUGUCAAGAGCUACUUAAUUGGCUGGGAGGAAUUCAGGAAAAGCAAAUGGCUCAUCAGCUUCACGGUGGUCAUUUCUGUCUCCGUCAUCGAUUGGAUGUUGUCUGUCAGCAUGCUGUGUCACGAGAAACUGAGGGUGCGGCGGCUUCUGAGGCCGUUCUUCCUGCUGCAGAACUCCUCGUUGAUGAAGAAGACACUGAAGUGCAUCAAGAGGACUCUGCCUGAGAUCGCCAGUGUUAUACUGUUGCUGGCUUUGCACCUCUGCCUCUUCACCAUGAUCGGCAUGCUGCUGUUUGCUAAAACUGAAGAUCCCAAGAAAAAUGGGGAGUGGGAGUUACAUUUCAGGGACAUGCCCAGUUCCCUGACCUCUCUGCUGGUGCUGCUAACCACAGCGAACAACCCCGACGUGAUGAUCCCUGCCUAUUCACUCAACAGAAUCUACGCCAUUUUCUUUGUCACCUUCAGUGUCAUUGGAACCUACUGUCUGAUGAACCUACUGACCGCCAUCAUCUAUAACCAGUUCAGGGGAUACUUACUGAUGUCAAUGCAGACAUCCAUCAUCAGGAGGCGGCUGGGGGUUCGAGCAGCUUUCCAAGUCCUCAGCUGUCAGUGUGGACAUGCAGAAGAUGCUCAAGAGCUUGUGAGUGUUGAUGCUGUGCUGGAAGUGAUGACCAAAGUCAAGAUGAAGAGCUACUAUAAAACAGCUAUCAAUACGGCGGUGCGGCGGUACGCAGACGUGGGCUCCAUGGAUCGGCUGCAGUUCAAGGAGAUUUUUGAUGAACUGGAUAAGGAUUGCAUCAAAGAGCACCCUCCUCUGCCUCAGUACACAUCGCCGGCCCUUCAGAGGCUGCAGGCGGUCUUCAGUCACUACUAUCUCACUGUACUUGGUAACGCAGUGGCACUGGCCAACGUCAUGUGCAUUUGUACUAUCCUGGUCCUGAAUUCUGAAAAGUCGACAGCAGAGAGAGACAACAACGUCUUGGAGGUCACCAACUUGUGCUUCAUCCUCUACUACUUGUUUGAAAUGUCUGUGAAGAUCUUUGCCUUUGGUUGGAGAGGCUACCUGUCAUACAGGAACAACAUCUUUGAUGGUUUUCUCACCAUUCUCUUACUGGUGCUGCAGAUCUCUAUAUUCAUCAGCUACAGGCUUCCUGAUUCACCCUGGGACCCCUCUUCUCAUGGUGGUCUGUCUCUGUGGGAGAUGAUCCGGUUGGUCAACAUGCUGAUCGUGUUCCGCUUCCUGCGCAUCAUCCCAAACAUUAAGCUUAUGGCUCUCGUUGCAAGCACUGUUUUGGACCUGGUGAAGAACCUGCGGGCGUUUGCCGGAGUGCUGGUGGUUGUGUACUAUGUGUUUGCUGUGUUUGGAAUCUGGCUGUUUGAAGGAGCAAUAAAACCUCCUGAAAUGAGUGUACACUCCAACUCCUCCAUGGAGAACAUCACGUCUAACUUCAGCGUGACGUGCGGCACGUACGAGCAGCUGGGCUACUGGCCAAACAACUUUGAUGACUUUGCUGCUGCAAUUAUUUUGCUCUAUGACGUGAUGAUAGUCAACAACUGGCAGGCCUUCAUCGACGCCUACAGCAGAUACACAACCGAAUGGUCCAAGAUCUACUUUGUAUGUUGGUGGCUCACCUCCUCAGUCAUGUGGGUCAACUUGUUCGUGGCGCUGAUCUUAGAGAACUUCAUCUACAAGUGGGACCGCAGUCACAGCUGCUCUGUUACAGACGUGGAGAAGAUCAGAUAUGAAACUUCUGUUCAGUUCAUGUUCAAAGAGCAGAUCCAAGAGCCAACAGAAGAGGAGUUAGUCUGUCAACUUCACCAGCACCCCCACUUACACAUCCAGUGGUGA